GACUCUCGAUAAACCAUCACCUUCAAACUUCAAACUUCAAUCUGCUUUUUUUUCUCACAAGCAAAAAAAAACGCAACAAUAAUGUUGGCUAAAAACGCAGUACUACCACGAAACCUUAGUACCGUUCAUUAUCAUCAUCGUCAACAAAAGCUUCGUAAAACCGAGAUUACUAACGCCAUAGCCGGCGCCGGCGGUGCCCGUGUUUCCACGCCGAACAAACUUUCCUUCGACCAGGCUCGUCGUCUGAUGACAGCCACGGAGACUUUAUCCUGGAAACAGAUUGAUGAUGAGAAGCUGGCCUGGCCACCUUCUUUGGGUACUGAUGGAAAGUUUGGGAUUUAUGGAGGGAAGUUUGUGCCGGAGACACUCAUAGCUUCUUUGAGUAAGCUGGAUCAAGAAUUUAACUGCGCUUUACAGGAUCCCAACUUUCAGAAAGAGGUUGAAACUGCUCUGAGGGACUACGUGGGACGGGAGACUCCAUUAUACUUAGCUCAGAGGCUUACGGACCACUACAAAAGCCAGAACAACGGAAAAGGACCGGAUAUUUAUCUAAAGAGGGAGGAUCUGAACCACGGCGGAGCUCACAAGAUCAACAACGCCAUCGCACAGGCAAUUCUAGCGAAGCGGUUGGGCCGGAAAAGCGUGGUGGCUGCCACCGGCGCCGGCCAGCACGGUGUCGCAACCGCCGCUGCAUGCGCGAAACUGGACUUGGAGUGUACGGUUUUCAUGGGGAAUUUAGAUAUGGAGAGGCAACCGUCUAACGUGGUCCUCAUGAAACAUCUUGGUGCUAAGGUGAAAGCCGUAGAGGGGAAUUUCAAGGAUGCAAUGUCGGAAGCGAUCAGGGGGUGGGUAGGGGACUUAGAGACGGCGUAUUUCCUGUCGGGGGCGGCGGUGGGGCCGCAUCCAUGUCCGACCAUGGUUCGCGAGUUUCAGGCCGUGAUCGGGAAAGAGACGAGGAAGCAGGCGAUGGAGAAGUGGGGUGGGAAGCCCGACGUGUUGGUGGCGUGUGUCGGCAGCGGCUCAAACGCACUGGGACUCUUCCACGAGUUCAUCGGAGACGCCGACGUCAGGAUGGUCGGAGUUGAAGCCGCCGGCGUUGGGUUAGACAGCGGCAAGCAUUCCGCUACUUUAAAUAAAGGAGAGGUCGGAGUCUACCAUGGCGCAAUGAGCUACCUUUUGCAGGAUGAAGAGGGCCAAAUCAUUAGACCAUAUUCAGUUGGUGUUGGAUUGGAAUACCCUUCGGUUAGUCCCGAGCUGAGUUUUCUUAAAGACACUGGGCGUGCAGAGUACUAUACAGUCACCGACAAGGAAGCCAUAGAAGCAUACAAAAGGCUAUGCCGAUUAGAAGGGAUAUUUCCAGCCUUAGAGUCCUCCCAUGCAUUGGCAUUUCUUGAGAAACUUUGCCCUACUUUACCCGACGGCACAAAGGUGGUGGUUAAUUGCAGCGGCCGUGGAGAUAAGGAUGCCGCCACUGUCUUCAACUACUGAGGACCACGUACAUGCAGUAACAAUGAAUAAAUGAAGCGAUAAUUAUUUUAGUUUGUAUUAUAUAGGUUGGCAAUAAUUCUUAUGGUAGUAGCAGUAGUUUUUUUUUUCGGAUAAUAUUAUUAAAUGUAAAUAUCUCUAAUCAAUAAGAUAUAACUUCAGAAGAUUAGUCAUUAGUACUACUUUAUAAUA